AUGGUGCAGUCCAUCCCACCGGUGGACCCGGAGAACGAGGAGUUUGUCAUCUUCAUCCGCGCCACCAGCGGGUCCUACCAGCAGUGGAUGAACAUGUCGGUGGUGAAGGGCGGCUCCAGCGCCAACCUGCUCGUCAAGGGCAUGGCCACUGAGUGGGGGCGCAAGCUGUACGCGCGCACGCUGCUGUCCAACAUUGCGGGGUCCAUCUACAAGGAGCGGGACGCGAUCCUCAAGGGCCUCAGGGACAGCGUGCGGCAGCAGAUCCGCAUGGGCGGCCCCAAGGUGAUGGAGCCGUUGCUGAACGUUCCCGCCGCGGACUUUGAGUUCGCGAUGAAGAUCAGGGACAAGGCCAACCCCAAGGACUGGUCGAAGCCUGACAACCUCACCAUCCUGCCCCCGGAGAGCGAGAUCACCGCGCAGCCCCUGGACAGGUUCAAGGCGUUCUUCUCCGCCGACAACAUCUCCUCCCUCUUCAAGUGA